UACCAAGUCAGGGAUCCACGUGCUCCUUGGAACUCUCCCUCUCUCUCUCUCUCUUCCUCUCUUCCACUACCCUACACAACUCUCUUCAUUGUUUUCAAUGCUGCCAUUUUCUUCUCCUCAUUUCCUUUUUCUCUUCUCCUUUUCAUCUUCCACUCAAUUACUCCCUCUGACCCUAACUUGUUUCCUUCUCUAACCCCAUCCAUCCACCUUUCCCUGCCUCUCUUUUCUUUUGGGGAGUGUUGGGUGAAAACCAUAUACCAUUCAUUCAAGGCACUAUUACAAAAAGUACAACACAAUCUAUUACAAAAAGCAGCAAAUCUAGCUACUCUACUACUCUGUCACCAAGUUCAACCCACCAUUUGCAAAUCAGCAACAAAAAAAGAAAGAAAAGAAGCUUUUGGAUUAGAUUUGGAAUGAUCCACAUGGAAGGAAUCAAAGGAGGAGGAGGAGGAAGAGUUGAGGAUCAUGACAUGGGUGAUGGCAUGCAAUGCAUUGACCAUCCUUUCAGAAACAACAACCCAGGUGGGAUCUGUGCUCUUUGCCUUCAAGAGAAGCUUGGCAAGCUUGUUUCUUCCUCUCUCCCACUCCCUCUCCCUGCUCCUUCCUCUUCUCCUUCUUCACCUUCUUUCAGAUCCAAUGUUGUAUCCUCUGUUUCCAUCACUGCUGCAGCAGCAACCUCUGCAGCACCACCUGUUUUUUCUUCCUCUUCUUCUUCUCUUGCCCUCACUGAUGUCAGUGAUAGCCGUCACAAUCGCCAUGACUAUUACUCACGGAGGACUCGCCUUCCUUUUCUCUUAGCCAAGAAGAAGAAGAAGAAAGGUUCCUCUGUUUCAGGUUCCUCUGUUUCUGGCUCCUCUGUUUUAGGUGCCUCUGUUUCAGGCGCAACCUCUGCUUCUGACAAGAUCAUUCUCAAGCGCAGCAAAUCCACCGCCACACCUAGAAGACGCCACUCCUUGAUUGAUGCAGAGGAUGACACAGUUGAUUUCAGUCCCAGGAAGAGACACGGUUUUUGGUCCUUUCUCUACCUUUCUUCAAAAUCCUCUGUUUCUUCAAGCAACAAGAAGCUGAAUUCCAAGAGCUUCAGGGACAGUAACCAUGGAAGCACCCCAAACCCAAGGAUCUUAGCCAUUAACACCUCAGCAGCAACUGGUUUUGCUUCUACUGCCUCAAAACUCAAAGAAAAAUGCUGUUCUGGUUCUUCUUUGGGGAGAAAGAGUGACAUUGUUGUGGAAGAGGAUAAUAACAGUUCUGCCUCUGCCUCUGCUUCUGUUUCUUCUUUUGAGCGCAAGGUUUCGAGAUCCAGAUCUGUUGGCUGUGGUAGCAGGAGCUUCUCUGGUGAUUUCUUUGAAAGAAUCUCAACUGGGUUUGGAGAUUGCACUCUCAGGAGGGUGGAGUCACAACGUGAAGGUAAAACCAAAACAGGGGAAAACCACCACCACAACCACCGUUGCAUGAAGGAGAGGGUUCGCUGUGGGGGGCUAUUCAGUGGGUUCAUGAUGACUUCGUCUUCAUCAUCUUCAUCUUCUUCCUCUUACUGGGUUUCUUCCUCUGCUGAUGAUGCUGCUGCUAUGAAUAGUGGGAAAUCAACGGCUGUAGCACUCUCUCAUGGAGGCAGAGGAAGGAGCUGGGGUUGGGCAUUUGCUAGUCCAAUGAGAGCUUUUAGCAGCAAAAACUCUUCUAAAGACAAUAAGAGAGACAUUAUUAGAGAUGCAAAUGAUAAGAAUGCUACUCCAAAUUUAUCUGCUAUACCAUCUUUGCUUGCUGCAAGAAGCUAGAAGGAAAGGAAAAAAGAAAAACCAUUUGAGGUUUAAGCUUAGUUUAUACACAUUAUUAGUAUGCUGUUAAUUACUGAUUACUAUGUUUAUGUUGAGGGUUGGUCUUAAUUUUUCUUUGAUUAGUAAUCUAAUACUUUUUAGUUCUCCUCAAGUUCUCUCAAUUCCAGUAGAUACUUUCCUUUGUGGAUACUUGCUUGUUGUUAAUAUGAAGUUCUGAUAAUCAGCUAUGGAGUACUUAUUACUCUAUACAGAGAUCCUUUUAUGGCAGGGCAUGGUGAAGUCUUUGGAAAGAGGGAAAAAUUGGAGAAGAAAGUGAAUCUCAAUAUAUUCUCUGUCCUCACGUGGCUAGUUUAAUUGUGACAUUCGUUGUAAUUUUUUUUUCCUGCUACCUUUCUGUACUUCACAUUAUGAUGUUAUGCCAAAGACAUGUAAUUUUUAAUUUGAAAAUCACUAUUCACAUGCAUACACAUGUUUGGGAAUAUCUAGAAUCACUCAUAUAUGUGAUGAUGUGUAAUAAUGCUAUUGAGCUCAUAUGCAAAGUAAUAAGAUUGUAAUGAUAUUUUUUCCAUCAA